AUGGCCAGCGUGACGAGUGUGCCGGUGAUUGGGUGUCCGGUGAAAGCGAGUUCACUGGAUGGGUUGGACAGUUUGUUGAGUAUUGUGCAGAUGCCGAGGGGGGUGCCGGUUGCGACGGUGAGUAUUGGGAAUAGUACGAAUGCGGCGCUGCUGGCGGCGAGGAUUGUUGGGACUAGUGAUGGUAGGAUUAGGGAGUGGGUUGAGGAGCAUUUGGAGAGGAUGGAUCGGGAGAAUAUGGCGAAGGCGGAGAGGUUGGAGGCGGAGGGGUGGAAGGAGUAUCAGCGGGUGGAGAGCUGGGAGCGGAAGUGA